GUUGUGAUAAACUUAUUAAAUAGCAUUUUCAGGUUGAUGUUUCUAAAAUAGAAUCAGAAAAUUGAGAUUUGAAAAAUGUCGUGUAGAAUUUGUUUGCGACUCGUCAAGUCGAGGCCAUCGUCAAUGUUCGUUUUCAACUCUUCGAAAGAGCAUCCAGGUAACUUGAGAGUGCAAUCUUUCCGAUCUUUGGUCACAAAUCCAUCUCUAGUCGGCCAGCUUUCAACGUCCAAGUUUUUGGCCUCUCUACCUCCAAUAAAUGGGAUAAAUGAGACAACAGUUGAGGUCGGGAAGACUAUGAGUGAACUGGGCUUCACUUACUAUUUUCCCACACACGUGGCAGCCAGAUCUAUCGAGUUCCUCCACUCCUCAGUCGGACUCACAUACAUCGGGGCCAUCAUCACAUGUGGAGUGGCAGUUAGACUUGGACUGUGGUACUCAUUCAUCCAACAGCAGAAAUUUAUGAGCAUCUUUUGGGAGCACCGGACUGUGCGCCAGGAGGUCCAAUACGAGUAUGAUCUCGCGAAGAGCAAAUAUCGAGAAGACGAAGCGGCGAGGUUAUUUGCGGAGAUGAAUUACCUGGACAUGAAGCAGCAUCAGGACAUGAUGAGGGCCAUUCCUCAUUAUUUUGUACAAAUGGUAGUGUUUGUUACAAUGAGCCGAACUCUGAGAAAUUGCAGCCUUGCGCUUCCAGGAUUCCAGAGUGGAGGUCUUUCUUGGUCGCCUGAUUUGACACUGGCCGAUACUACCAUGAUGAUGCCAUGCAUAUCUGGACUCGUGGUGUUCACCUAUCUCAAUAUACAACGGAAGCUCAUUCCAAUCACGCUUGUGCAAGAUAAUCCCAAGGAUAAACAAAGCACGUGGAAAACGCAAGCAAGAGUUGGUGCCCUGGCUUCCGUAGCGGGACUGCUUUCAUAUUCUGGAUGGUUUAGUUCGGCGUUCAACAUUUACGUAUUGACAACGCUUAGUGUAGCUGGUAUGCAGAACUUUGUGACCAGAAGGCCGGAGAUUGAAAAACAUGUGGCGAAAUAUGUUGAAUUGCCCAAGAACUACCCAAGGCGCAUGCCAAGACAUCAGGAAAUUGCAAUGCAGGCAAUGGAUGUGUCACACUUGAAAAAAGAUGAGAAAAUGACUUUGUGGGGCUCAUUAAAAACAGCGUUCACAAAAAGUUUCAGCUAUCAGAAAUCUCAGACCAAGAAAAGACAAGCAAAAGCUAAACUGGACAAGCAACAGCAGCGCUAUCACGAGAUAUGGGAGAAGGCGGGAACUGGGCCCGUGCCAGUGACUUACUUUGGAAAUCCGCUGAGAGAAGUGGAACGCAAGUGAUUCAAGAAGACAAAAACGAAACUUAUAAAAUUUUCAACUACUAGUUCGUUGUUUCGAACUCUGAAUAACUUUCUUGCCUGACAUGUUAUAUUUUCUUUAAAAAAGUUUUGCAAAAAUAUCUGUCAUCUGAACCUAAGUUCGUUGUUUGUACUGACGCUAUUGAAAAAAUGAUCCGGAAAGUUUGAUUGCUCAUAAUUUCA